AUGGGUGCUUCAGAUAACUUUAUGCCAUCUGCCAUUCCAUCUUUGGAAUCAAAUGUUAUGAUCAUUUGCGGUAUUUUGGAUUUCUUCUUAUUCGAAACUUAA